CCAGGUGCUGGCCCAGGGCCUGUCCUCUCUGAAUGGAGAUGAAGAUUGUGGUGAUGAGGUGUUGGUCUGUGGGAGCAGAGCAGGGCUCUGAGACGUGCUACCUGCUCCAUCUCCGAGGUCUGGGCCCUCUUGACUUGCUGGAGUCAUUUGGAGACAUUUGGGUCAGCGAGAUCUAGCAAUGGUCCAUGUGACCUCAGGCCUGCCAAAGGGUCUGUUCUGGGACGCUGGGAGAUCGGGGAAGGCUGAGGGCAAUGUGUGAUGGUUUGCAUCUGGAGGUUUUAACUGGAAAAGCUGUGGGUUUCAAAUUCACAUCUUUUCACGUGGUGGCAGAACACCUUCACCUGAUGGCUAAUGAUAUUUUCUCCCUGGGAGGGUGCAAAAUACAGGAGUAGUGUCCUGUCUCCAGUGCACUGACUCAGUUCCCCGUGUGACCUAAUUCUAGAUGUAACCCAGCCUUUACGCCAGUGUGUUUUGAUACUCCCUUUGUGACCUGUGAGGUCUUGCUUCUCAGCAGCUGGAAAUCCUGCUGCUGAGCAGGGGGUCUGAGGCCAGGGUUUCAGGUCUGGCUUAAAAGGGCUUUCAGGUUUUGACACCUAGGCCAGCCAACUGUAGGCUCACAGAGCUUGUCACCUUCUGAAGAAGGUUUAACCACAGCAGGAAAGGCUUGGCAGGGCCACAAUCAUCUUUGUAGGUUUAGGGUACCAGCUGUCCUACAGGAUUUGAAGUAGGUUGUUGGUCUGACUCAUCCCUACCCCUCUCCACCUUCCUUGGGAUUUUGCUUCUGAUCCACUGCUCUUUGGUGACAGCAGCCACUUGGCAGCAAACCUGCCUCAUGGUUGCAACCUCGUGCUCCUACAUCUGCAACCAGCAGCUUAGAACUGUGUGUAUCUGCCUUAGCAGAGAGAGGACCACGGUAAACAUUUGCCAUUGAUGUUACCUUUGAGGAGGACAGAAAUCCUGCUGCAUGAGAUGGAGGAGUUAGGGAUACCCUGGGAGGGUGGGAGGAGGCUGGGAGAGAACAGUGAUUUUGGGUGGCCCUUGGGAGAAGCUACAGAGCCAGGGAACAGUACAAUCCCACAACGGGGAUCUAGACCUGGCCUGAGGAUGGUAAGUGUUUUCAAUAGAGGGUUUUUAAAGGCAAAAAAACACCUUUCACCAAGUUCUUUUCUGAAUUUCUGUUCCAUCUCUUUUUCUUUCUUUAAAAAAACCAACUCGGAACAAACUGUCCUUCACACACAGUGAAUCUCUCCUGUCAUUUUUCUUCUGUCUUAAGAGACAGAGGGCUGAUGAUGGUUGAAUAUUUCUGGCCAGCAUCUGUCAGGUUGCUAAAACCAGCUGAGGACAGGCUGCAAGGUGCUCGUGGGGAAGAGUUCUGCCCGUCUUUGAACAGAGAGGCACAGCAGACUGGUUUGGGGUGAGCAAAGACAGCGACGCGACUCAGAAAUGGCAGAGAAAGAGCCUCCGCCACUGCAGCCUGCGCUACGGGAAGCUGAAACCUCAGGUCAUCCGGGAAAUGGACUUGCCCAGUCAGGACAAUAUUUCUCUAACAAGCACAGAGACUCCUCCUCCGCUCUAUGUCGGACCCUGCCAGCUGGGCAUGCAAAAGAUCAUCGACCCCUUGGCCCGCGGCCGAGCCUUUCGUAUGGCUGACGACAACGAUGGCUGCAGCAUCCCCCACACACCCAUCACGCCGGGCGCCACCUCGCUCUGCUCCUUCACCAGCUCGCGCUCAGGGUUCAAUCGCCUCCCGCGACGGCGGAAACGGGAGUCUGUUGCCAAAAUGAGUUUCCGAGCAGCUGCGGCUCUGGUGAAGGGCCGCUCUGUGAAGGACAGCACCCUGAGGAGAGCUCAGCGGCGCAGCUUCACCCCAGCAAGUUUCCUGGAGGAGGACACGGUGGAUUUUCCAGAUGAGCUCGACACUUCUUUCUUUGCUCGGGAAGGAGUCCUUCAUGAGGAGCUCUCUACUUAUCCGGAUGAAGUGUUCGAGUCGCCAUCAGAAGCUGCAAUCAAAGAGGCUGAGGUGAAACCUCUGGAUCAGACAGAUCUCACAGGAGGUGCCUUGGACAAAAGCGAGCUUGAAAGAAGCCACUUGUUGCUCCCACUGGAGCGAGGCUGGAGGAAGCAGAAAGAUGGGGCCCUGUCACAGCCCAAGGUCCGCUUGCGGCAGGAGGUGGUGAGUGUCAGCCCGCAGAAGCGCGGCCAGCGCAUCGCCGUCCCCGUCAGGAAGCUCUUUGCCAAGGAGAAGAGGCCGUAUGGCUUGGGGAUGGUGGGGAAGCUGACGAACCGAACCUACCGCAAGCGCAUCGACAGCUACGUCAAGCGGCAGAUUGAGGACAUGGAUGAUCACAGGCCUUUCUUCACUUACUGGGUCACCUUUGUGCAUUCACUCAUCACCAUCCUCGCUGUGUGCAUCUACGGCAUUGCCCCUGUGGGGUUCUCACAGCAUGAAACUGUUGAUUCAGUCUUGAGAAACAGAGGGGUUUAUGAAAACGUCAAAUACGUUCAGCAGGAAAACUUCUGGAUCGGACCCAGCUCAGAGGCCCUGAUCCACCUGGGGGCCAAGUUCUCGCCGUGCAUGAGGCAGGACCAGCAGGUGCACAGCUUCAUCAGCGCCAAGCGGGAGAAGGAGAAGCACUCUGCUUGCUGCGUGCGGAACGACAAGUCGGGCUGCGUGCAGACGUCAGAGGAGGAGUGCUCAUCCACCCUGGCUGUGUGGGUGAAGUGGCCCCAUCACCCCAGCACACCAAUGCUGGCAGGAAACAAGAGGCAAUUUGGGUCUGUUUGUCAUCAGGACCCCAGGGUGUGUGAGCAGCCAGCCUCCAUGGAGCCGCAUGAGUGGCCAGAUGACAUCACCAAGUGGCCGAUCUGCACAAAAAACAGUGCUGGGAAUUACACCAACCACCUUCACAUGGACUGCGUGAUAACAGGCCGGCCCUGCUGCAUUGGGACCAAAGGAAGGUGUGAAAUAACCUCCCGGGAGUAUUGUGAAUUUAUGCGGGGCUAUUUCCACGAGGAGGCAACCCUCUGCUCUCAGGUGCACUGCAUGGACGAUGUCUGUGGACUCCUCCCUUUCCUGAAUCCAGAAGUCCCUGACCAGUUCUACCGCCUCUGGCUCUCGCUUUUCCUCCAUGCUGGGAUCCUGCACUGUCUGGUUUCAGUCUGUUUCCAAAUGACGAUCCUGCGGGACCUAGAGAAGCUGGCAGGAUGGCAUCGCAUCUCUAUCAUCUACCUGCUCAGUGGCAUCACUGGGAACCUUGCCAGUGCAAUAUUUCUACCCUACAGAGCAGAGGUUGGCCCUGCAGGAUCCCAGUUUGGGAUUCUGGCCUGUCUCUUUGUGGAGCUCUUCCAGAGUUGGCAAAUCCUGGCACGCCCAUGGAGGGCUUUCUUCAAGCUGCUGGCAGUGGUGCUCUUUCUUUUUGCCUUUGGCCUCCUGCCUUGGAUUGAUAAUUUUGCUCACAUUUCAGGAUUUAUCAGUGGUUUCUUCCUCUCCUUUGCCUUCCUGCCCUACAUUAGCUUUGGGAAGUUUGAUUUAUAUAGGAAGCGAUGCCAAAUUAUAGUUUUCCAGCUCAUCUUCAUUGCACUCUUCUCAGGACUUGUGAUUCUGUUCUAUUUCUACCCCAUCAAGUGCGAGUGGUGCGAGUUCCUCACUUGUAUACCCUUCACAGACAAAUUCUGCGAGAAAUACGACCUGGACGCGCAGCUCCACUGAAAGGCAAAGACUGGCUUCUCGAGCAGGCACUGGAGAGGGACUGUCUUUGCAUUUGCUGUGCCAGUUCCAUAUGGACAAAGCCUCUAAUCCCAUGACACUUCUAACCCUGCCCGUGGUUAAUUUAAACUGUCUCCUUAGCACUUGGCAGGCAUGUUUUGCCUUAUCUCAGAAGACUCUGAAAAAUGGAACGUUUGUGCCUUGUUCAAUUGUAUUGAACCUUUUCUGCUGCCAUUAUUUUUAUUACACUAGUUUCAAUACUACAUUUUUAACCAGAGUUGUUUACUACUGCUAAGGUGGUGAUUAAACGGUAAGGUAGCGUUUUAGCUACUGUUAAUUGUU